AUGUCAAAAGCAGACAUGUUUGAAGGCGGAGGAUCGUCUCUUUCUCUAAGUUUCAUCGAUGAUCUCAAUCCGUCGAAAGAUAUGUGGAAUCUAAAGGCUCGAAUCAUCAGAAAAUGGAUCCAAAUGUUUCGGAUGGAUCUGACCUUGCUGGAUGAGAAGGGUUGUAAGAUUCAGGCUGGUAUCAAGGGCCCUUUGAUACCUUAUUUAGACUCCCAACUACAGGAAGAUUCGGUUGUUGUUUUGUCCAGGUUUAGUGUUGGUGAAAACCUGGACCCAUACAAAGUUGUGAAUCAUGCUUAUAAGAUUAACUUUUAUCGUUGUACAACUGUUAGAGCUGUUGUUGGUAGGGAAGGUGUUGAAUACGGUUUUAAGCUGAUCUCACAUUCACUUAUUGACAAAGGAGAAUGCCAAGACCUUUUGACUGUUGAUGUUGCAGGUACUGUCGUUUCCUGUAGUGAUAUGGACAUGUAUGGAAAAGCUCCUAAAGAAAGAAAAAGGAUGAACUUUGAACUCCAAGAUGUGGAUUUAAAGAUUUCUUGGAUAAAAAAAUACCCGAAUGAUAAUGUGAUGGCUAUCAUUCAGCACGGAAAGAUUAAUGAAUGGCAGGGAAAAUACACUGUUCAGAAUGAUAAGUUUGGAACACGUAUCUUUUUUAAUCCAGAAAUCGAUGAAGUUGGACAACUCAGGAAGAGCCUUUUGGUACAACAAGUCCAAGCUGGCGGUUCUUCUUCUCAAUCGAUACUGUCAUCUCAAACUGCAAUGUCAUGUAUGGUAGUCGCAACCAUCAAGAUUGUUCAAGAAAACUAUGGUUGGUUUUAUCCUGCUUGUCGAAAGUGUUUUAAGAAGGUGCUGACUAAAACUGAGUAUUUGCAAUAUGCUCAAACUAUUUCGGAGUCGGUGAUGAACCUGGCGCCCACUUCUUUGGUCUGUCCCAAGUGUGAAGAAGAUUGUACAUCCGUAACCAUCAAGUUCAAGGUUCAUGUGAGGGUUCAAGAUGAAACCGGUAAUGUGACGUUUGUAAUAUUUGAUAAAGAUGUUAUGAAGAUUGUUGGUUCAAGUGCAAGUGACAUAAGAGAACGCCAAGUGAAGUCUAAUGAUACUCAAAGUUUUCCAUACGAGCUCACUCGGUUUCUUGAAAAGAAACUGGCGUUUAAGGUUGACAUUUCGGAAUACAAUCUUAAUCAUGACUAUCAUGUUUACACAGUCCAAAAAUUGUGUGACAAUCCAGAUAUAUUAGAUGAACUGGUUGCGGAUAAUGUUAUUCCUGCUGAUGUUGCUGAUGAGGUAAGUCAAGAAGUUUGGGACUCGAAAACCGUGCAACUAUCUGAAGAUUCACAGAGGGGCGGUGACUCGAUUUCCAAGGAUGUGUUGUCUGUUACGGCCGACUCUUCCGUCGUUGAAGUCGAGAAGGAUUUAGGAUCCAGUCCGAAUCACAAGAGAAGCGUUCAGCAUGUGGAAGGGUUAAAUGUUGGUGAGCUAUCUUCAAACAACAAACGAAACCGCAAGAAGCCAUCUAAGUUUAACAGUUAG